AUGGCGUCGGCAGCAGCGAUCUUGUACGUCUGCGGCUGGGAUUCGACGCGCCAUGCGGGGGAAAAGAAAGUUGCCGUCGAUGCUACGGCCAGCAACAGCCAGAGUGUGGGUGACGCACAGUGGGCGGCCGUUGUAGAGGGGCGAGACGAGCCCGGCGGUGGUGAUCACCCGUGGGCGGGAAAGGGGCCGGAAGGAAGCUUUCACGAAGGGCUUGGACAGGAAACACGACAGACACCACCAGGCGGGGGUGGUGGCCACGCAGAAAAUCGGCCGCGUGGAAGAGAGGGCCGAGCCGCGGGUGAUGCGACCCCCUCAUCGUUCUUGAGCGAGGGCGCCGUGAAGGCGGUCGUCGGCACGGUGGAGAGCUACGCCGACUUCGCCAGGGGAACUCUGGAGGCAGACGAGCUGGCCGUACAACAAGGGCGCCCGCUGCAGGGAAAGUAUAUCGUGCUGGAUUCGGGAAACGAGCUCGUCAAUCGCCUGCGCGGGGUGAUGAGCGGCUUCUUUCUGGGCAUGUUGACGGAUAGGGUGUUCGUGGCCGACAUCACGUACCAGAAGGACGGCACACAAGGGCUGCUGAGUGCUCUGUUUGAGGGGCCGGGAUACGAGGUGCGGAAAGCGACGGCUUUUUUUAUUCUUGUCCCGUCGUUUUUACCAGUCAUAACCCACGUUCACUGCUCGCCGUGGCACCGCUUUUUCCUGCUGGGCUACGUAGUCCCGAUUUCGAUUGCACAUGGUGUAGAAAUGACUGGUACUUGCUCGGUUUAG